AUGGAUGAACGUCUUUAUGUUGCCUUUGCGAAAUUUGAAGAAAAUCAAAAGGAAUUUGAAAGGGUACGAGUGAUUUACAAGUAUGCCCUGGAUAGAAUUUCAAAACAAAAGGCACAAGAACUUUUUAAAAAUUAUACCAUCUUUGAGAAGAAGUUUGGUGAUAGGCGUGGGAUUGAAGACAUUAUUAUGAGCAAACGGAGAUUCCAGUAUGAAGAAGAAGUGAAGGCUAAUGCACACAAUUAUGAUGCCUGGUUUGAUUACCUGCGCUUAGUGGAAAGUGAUGCAGAAGCAGAAACUGUACGUGAAGUCUAUGAAAGAGCUAUUGCCAAUGUCCCACCCAUUCAGGAGAAGAGACAUUGGAAGCGCUACAUCUAUCUUUGGGUCAACUAUGCACUCUAUGAAGAACUGGAGGCAAAGGAUCCUGAAAGAACAAGACAGGUGUAUCAAGACUCUUUGGAACUAAUUCCUCAUAAAAAGUUCACAUUUGCCAAAAUGUGGUUACUAUAUGCACAAUUUGAAAUAAGACAGGAAAAUUUACCAUUUCCCAGAAGAGCUUUGGGAACUUCCAUAGGCAAAUGUCCAAAGAACAAGUUGUUUAAAGGUUACAUAGAAUUGGAGCUACAGCUUCGAGAAUUUGACAGAUGCCGGAAGCUUUAUGAAAAGUUCCUGGAAUUUGGACCUGAAAAUUGUACCUCUUGGAUUAAAUUUGCAGAACUAGAGAUAAUCCUUGGCGAUACUGAGAGAGCCCAUGCAAUCUACGAGUUACCCAUCAGCCAGCCACGUUUAGAUAUGCCAGAGGUGCUCUGGAAAUCAUACAUUGAUUUUGAAAUUGAGCAGGAAGAAACGGAAAGAACACGCAAUCUUUACCGAGGAUUGCUUCAAAGGACACAACAUGUCAAGGUAUGGAUCAGUUUUGCUCAGUUUGAGUUGUCUUCAGGGAAAGAAGGAAGUUUGGCUAAAUGCAGACAAAUUUACGAAGAAGCUAACAAAACCUUGCGAAACUGUGAAGAAAAGGAAGAGAGACUUAUUCUGCUGGAAUCUUGGCGAAGCUUUGAAGAUGAAUUUGGAACUACAUCAGAUAAGGAAAGAGUAGACAAACUCAUGCCAGAGAAAGUCAAGAAGAGAAGAAAGGUCCAGGCUGAUGAUGGGUCUGAUGCAGGCUGGGAAGAAUACUAUAAUUACAUCUUUCUGGAAGAUGCUGCCAACCAGCCAAAUCUCAAGCUCCUGGCCAUGGCCAAACUUUGGAAGAAACAGCAACAGGAAAAGGAAGCUGACGAGCAAGACCCAGAUGAGGACAUUGAUGAGAGUAAAUCCUGA